AUGGGGGACGGCAGCCGCAGCAUCCUGCCCCCUGAGCUGAAAGAGGGGCCGGCCUGGCCGGGGGGUCCGUGGCGGAGCUCGCCCUUGCUGCGCCCUGCUGGGGGGCCGAGCCCCCGGGAACCCCGGCGCCGCGCCCGGCCGCUUGCUCGCUCCGGGGCCGCUCCCCGCCGCCUGGAGAGGGGGAGCAGCCGCCCGCGCUCGCUGCGCUCCCCCUGCGCCGGAAUCUGCGCGCCCGUCUCCAUCCCUGCGCCGCGCGGGGGGGCGGGAGGGAGCGGCCCCAGCCCCCGCCACUCCGGCCGGCGGCCAGCUGCCCGCUCCGCUGCCGUCGCCAGCUCGGCCCCCGGCCGCGAACAAAGGGCGAGCGGCCGGGGGCGCAGCACGGACCGACCUGCCGGCCGUGGGGACGCGCCGCCGGGGAGCCGUUUCAGCGAGGUUCCAGGCAGCCAGGAGAGAGCAGCGUUUAACCCUGGCCCUUGCCCUGUGUCCUGGGGCCGCGUGGCUGAGAGCAGAAGGGACAUGAAGAAGAGCCGGAGUGUCCUGGCUGUGACGGCGGACGAGAAGCCCAAGGACCUGCUGGACCCCGGGCUCUGCAGCCGCUCCUACACCGCUGGCAGCAUGCUGGGCGCGGACCUGCGGCGUGGCCGGCGCCGCCUCUCCUCCAGUCUGCAGGUGCCACCAUGGAGACCCCUGGACCGGGCACGAUCGCCAGAGCCCGACAGCGUCCAGAGGCCGACCACCCUGCCCCUGUGCAUCCCGCCCCGCAUCGCCAUCACCCACGCCGAGCUGGACAGGUAG